AUAUAUAUACAUAUAUAUAUAUUAUUUGAAUGACUAUUGUUCCGUUCAUUCAUGAAUGACUCUAAGUAACAUCAACAGAACAGUUCCUCAGGUUUCAUACAACAUAUGGAGCAUACACAAGACGAUGAGGCGCAUUAAAUGUUAGCGGAAUGUAUCCUGGAUGAAAACAGGUAUAACCGUGCAAUCAGAAAUAAGUAAUACCAAAAGGAAUUUUUGAGAAAAUAUUAUUGUAACUUAUUUUCUCCCAAAAUAAUUUUUAAAAUGAAUACAUCCGACCAAGACAUAUUCGAAGAAACCCCAAAAUCUAUAAGGAUUACUGAGCAUUCCCAUUCCUCAACAAAUAGGAUUCCAAAACCGCCUCGACCUCUUCCUAGAAAUGAUAGUUGUUCGCCAAGAGUUCCGACCGAAAGGUUGGGUCGAGUGAACCAGAUAUGCAAGCAAUUAGAGUCGAGACCUAUUGCUGAUACUGUCGAACUUCGAAAUGGGAAAGUAUCUCAUCGAAUAUUUGCGUCAAAUUUGGGGGUCAACAAAAUCAAAUGUAAAAAUAACGGCUCACCACGAUCGCCGCACAGAAAGACUGUAUCGACUGCAUUGAAGGAUAAUAGUGAAGGACAGAAAGAAGCUCAAAAAGUUGUUAAUGAUACUGCAUUACAUAAUUACAUAAAGGAAAAUGAAGAUGAGGUAGGGGACGAUGACAAGAAGAACGGGGAAGAAGAGAACAAGGAAGAACCGGAGCAGGACCAAGAGCAGGAAAAGAAGGACGGCGUGAUUGCGGAAGAGGAAAGCGAAACAAUUGCCUCGGAGUAUAGAAAGUUCAAUAAAUUGUCUCCCUUUCAGCAAAAUCUAACUAGGUUAUCAAGUCUUUCAGGGACAUUGUCAAAGGGUUUUGAAUGUAAAUAUCAGAGGUGUGCAAAUCACAAUUCAUCUCAUGGUAGAACACAAGAGGAAAAAGAAGAAAAUCUUCACCAUAUCCCUAAUGUGAUUGAAUGUAUUGAAUCAGUUUCAACUGGUGCCACACCCACGCACCAAAGGAAGUUUACGUCUUUGAAAAAACGCGCGAAAAACUUAAAUAUUGAUGAGAAAAAAAGCCUGCGUAAAAAUUCAACAGAUGACUUUUUAAGUUCCCCUCAAAUAAUAUUAGAAAAAUAUAAUACAGAAAACGAUGACCCUUGGGACAUAGCUGUGACUUUUAAUCCGAGUGUAUAUGAUACAGACUCGAAAGGUAUUGAUUCAAAUGAACUUUCUCCAUAUAAACAUUCGAAAACUAAUAAAGACCACGAAAAUAAGUCACGCGAAGUGUCUGGGAAAUCUUCAUUUAGAAUAUGGAAGCAGUCAGCCAUGGAUUAUUUGAAGUCACACACGAGUAGCCUUCACAGAAAUAAGACAUACCAUAUUGAUAUAUCACCUGAAACUCCGAAAAAAAAGAAAAACUGUCCUUCCAAAACACAUCUUAAUAUACAUUCUGGAUGUGAAAAUGUCUCCCUCUCCGAUAAUCAGUCAUCACAAGAUGAGGACAAUUCACCGUUAAAUCAAUGUAAUAGAUCUCCCCUUGAGGAAUACAAUGAUGCAAAUUGUAGCCGCAUAUACAAAUGCCAUAAUUUAAAGAAUUCCUUAAAUUGCGAAGAAAAGUCCCAAAAAUGGAGUAGGAUAAGGCGUGCCUUCAGUGAAUUAUAUCCCUACCGAUGUAUUGAAGUACGCCAGGUCGACGAAAACAUUUUGUCAGAGUAUGUAGAGAAGAAAGAGCCUUCCAGUGGACAAUAUCCCCGUAGAAGCAUUGACGCAACUUGUUCCAUAAAAAAUACAUCCCUUACUGAUUCGCUCAACUUAGCUACGGUUUCAUUUCGAGAUAAUUUACAUUCAAAAGCUCUACCACUAGAAUAUCAAAACUAUCAACAAACCAAUACAACAUUAUCAACUUCCAAUGAAGAGACAGAUUACGAUGAAGUUAUGAUUCCACAUCGCAUUGAUUUUAAGAAAUAUUUCAUUAACCCUGAAAGACAAAUUCCUCGAAGAUCGUCAUUUACAGAUGUCGAAAACGUGUUGAAAGCUGAAACUUCGACUUUAACUUUACCGAAAAGGGAAAGGCAAUGUAUCUCUUUACCGAGAGGUCAGAUAGAGGAAACUAAUAUUCUGGAAUCGCCAUGUUCAAAUGUAAAUACAAUCAGCAAUUCAUCAAGUUCGAAUGACAGUCCAGAAAGCUCCAGUUUGGCAUCAAGUCAAGAAAUAUGUGUAACAACUGCAAGCAGUGUGACAUCUGAUGCUAGUGUUAGCACAAGUCCUGUUACAGUGGAAAAUAGAUUCUUUGAAACUGAUCGACGAGAUCCGAAUUUGAGUAACCAAAAAUCUGAAAUGACAAAGCAAGAAAGAUUAAUCAAAAGUAAUACACCAGAGAAGAAUAAAGUCGAAGAGGUUAGUAAAACAGACAAUGUAAAACAAAGUGAUAGCAGUCCUCAUACUAACAGUUGGAAUGAAAGAAAAUUAAGAUAUACUACAAUCCAAGAAAAAGGAGAACCCACAAUUGGACAUAAGGAAAAUAUGAAUACAUACGAGAAAUAUCCUAUAUCUGCAGCAUCGAUUGCAUCCAGUCUUUCAAAUAGCAAUGAAAACAUCAUAAAACCAUUUCACCCAAUCCCGUUAUAUCGCAGAUCAAACCAAGAUGCAAGAAACUCACCAAAAUCAAUGCUGAAAGCAACCGAUAGUCCUUUGUUACAAGAAAAGUGCAAUAAUAAAGCGCUUCAGCAAUGUACGUAUGAAGAGGAAGAGUUUUAUUCGGCUAACAUGCAUGAUAAAUUUUCCAGUUCAGAUACAAUUCCAAUCGAGGAAAAUAAAUUUAAUAUAAAUAGCAAUCAAAACCAAGUCAACUCUCCAUAUAUUAGGAAAAAAGAACAAGUGGUAAAAGUUAGACCGAAACCUCAAACUAGAACUUCCGUUGACAAGCUAGCAAAAAAUGCAAUUAUUCAAAGUAACGAAAACUCUCUAAAAAUUAAAAGGCCUGGCACACACUCUGAAAACAGCCUUGUUUCAGAUAUAUCAAGUAAAGCAGGGAGCUUUACACCGCCAACUCCAUUGAAACAAACAAUUUUGAAAGGUAAAUUAGAAAACAGUCCGGAAUUAGUUUCUGAAGAUUUUCCGAAAACGAAAUCAUUUCAUCAUUCACCCAAUGAUAAGCAAUAUUUAACUGUAAGCCCGAAUAGGCAUUUUAGUUCUGAUUCACCUAGUUCAAUACCAUUCCGAAAUAUAUCAGACGCCAGAGUAUCUAGAGGAAUUGUAACAAAACCUAUACAAGAGCCAGUAAUAUUAAGUAACAAACAACUACUAAAAAAAUUGCCUUAUCCAGAAGCUGCUCCACUUAAAAAUACUAGGAUGUCGACAAGUGUACCAAUUAGUCCUGUUCAAACACCAAAACGAGUAAGUCAAACAAGUGGACUUCAAUCAGAAGGAAAUAAGUCACCAAUAAAUAAACCAGAAGUGCCUUGUAAGACAAGCCAUGUAAUAAACACAAAGGGAAGCCGAAUACCUAUCAGCAAGUCAACACGCUCUGUUGCUUCACCACCAAAACCUAAUCGGCUUGUUAUGAACAGAUUAACUAAUCCCUAUGGUGGCCUUAGGCCUUCGUCUGAUAACACUUCAGCCCCUAGAAAGAAUCUGCCACCAUCAAAUAUCGAGAAUGACAUGCACCAACUAUACCCAGAAAAUUUAAGUUUAGUAACUGAACAUCCUUUUCAAUCGCCCCCGAUUUCGGAAGUUACUCAUAAGGAGAGUAUCAUGUUUAAAAAGCAACAAAACGGCAAUGAAUACUUUGAAUCAACUGCCAGUGACCAAUUCCCAGCAAUGACGGCAAGGGAAAGCACGAUGAUGAAUAGGAGGAUAUACAUGGAUGAAGAGGAAACAUACAGUAGCUGCAGUAUGAAACAAACAAAUUUAGAUGAAACUGAAUCCUCAAAAGUGUCAAGUCGUGAAGAAAUUCCCAAAUCUCGCAACCAUAACAGUUUCAUACGAUCGUCCAGCUGUGAAGUACAAGUCGGGUCUCCUACGAAGACAUCGCCAACAACUAACUUUGCGGUAGCAAUACCAAUAGAGGCAUCAACGGAGACAUCACACACGAAAUCAAGACCAAAAAUGACGAUAACAGAGACUUCAAUGCAUCAAGAGAAUUAUAAUACUAUUGACAGGAAUUAUCACGAUACCGCUACAUUACCUACUGGGUUCUACAUGGCGAUAGAAGAAGACAGAGGAAAACAUAGGUCAUUUAAGCAAGACGCUGCUGCUCAGACAUCACAGUUGGAUCUUUAUGAAGAAAAUUACAACAAAUAUUUUCAGGGUGGAAAAGAAAUACUUGAAUGCAGACAACAUGAUGCUGCAGCACAAACACAUUUAGAGACAGAGGUUAUCGAAAGAUCACUGGAAGAGAAUGGUACUGAUACAUUAAUGUUUGAAUUCGCAUCAACUUCGUCUUUAACAGCCUCCCUUCCCACGAGUGCUAGACAUCACAUCAAAAUGGGAGGAGCUUCAUUAAAGACUCGACCUUCGUCAGAAAUGGUGGAAAUAAAACAACAGAAGUGCUGUAAAGCCAACCAUUUUUACCAGAAUCCCUUAGAAUCUUCACGGUCAUAUGACCAGAUACAACAGAUCGUAUUUAUGGAAGAAGGUCAAGCACGUUUAUAUGAUUUAAAGCCAGUCUCUUGUCAAAAUGUUCAUAUUAUAUCACCUAAUAAUAAAUCGUACGUAAGCAGUUAUUGCAGUGCUAAUUCACAGGAAUUUCCCAUUUCUGCUGAACAAAACGUAAUGAAACCGUCUUAUAUUGAUCAGAGUCAGACAGUCUUUCCUCGAUCUGAGCUAAAAAAAAAACUGUCCAACAGUUUAGCUUCUGGUUUGAAUGAAAGCUUAUAUAGUAGCAGCGAUAGUUAUAUUUUCCAUAGUAACAAUUCUCUGAAAGAGACGACAUAUUCAGAAUUUGAGCCGAGAAGACGCAGGACUGCAUCAUUAUCAAAUAUUGAAUAUGAAAGGAGAAUGGAUUGUCGUAAAAAUCAAAAAAGAUCAAGAAUAUCAGCAUUCUUUGACAAAUUUCAACGAAAAAAGAAGCCAUCAAUACUUGCGAAUGAUGUAGAUGUACCAACUCACUUCAGAGUAAUUGGACGCAUAUUAGAGAUGUGUUUAGAUGGUACUCGCAUCAUUGAGUUGACACAGCCACCUCAUGGCCUUUGCGGUAUUUACAUGACACGUGUUAAACACAAUCUUGGCUAUAGUAUAUAUGUAUCACGAUUUAGUGAUGGUUAUCCUGCUAAAAUGUUUGCAGGUCUUUUAGGCAUCGGUGAUGAAAUACUUGAAAUCAAUGGCAUAUCCACAGGUUGCAUGACUGUAGAAGAUGCACAUGAUAUGGUUGCAUCAAGUGAUAAACUCAUACUUCGAGUCUUACCAAAUAGAAAUACAUACAGAACGACUUAAUGUGAGACUGUUUCUCCAGAACUGAUAUUGUAAAUACAUUGACUUAGUCAUGGACACAGAGUAUUGGCGAGAGAGAAGAAAAGUGACAAUCAACGAGAACGAGCGAAAACAAAAGUCAUUGUCAAGAACAAUGUAUAUUUGUUUUUCCUACAAUUGCCCUGGGGACGCAUUUUUGUAUAUGUAGCAGAAAUAUAUUCAUUGACUAAUGUCGUUGUAAAUAUUCAGCAUCAUAUUUCUCAGGCUGCAACCCAGGAGAAUAUAAAUAAAUUUUGUGUAUAUAUACAUUAUAUUUUAUUUUUUCGUUUUACAAAAUUCACUCAGAUGAUAUAAAUCCUGCACAAAAUUAGUGAUAAUUUUCAAUAUUGGACAUUAAAUAUUAUAAUAUUUAACGUUCUUCUUGCUUGACAUUGAUGGUCCUAUAAUAUUCAGUAAUAAAUAUUAUAAAGCUUUAGCGAUUAAAUCA